AUGAAUCCUUUGAAGUGCACAUUCGGAGUCACUUCUAGCAAGUUUCUCGGUUUCAUCGUUCAUCAACGGGGAAUAGAGGUCGAUCGAUCUAAAAUUGAUGCCAUUGUGAACAUGGCUGAGCCGCGAAAUAUUCAUGAAUUGAAGAGCCUUCAAGGGAAGUUGGCUUAUAUCUGGAGGUUUAUCUUUAAUUUGGCCGGACAAUGCCAACCCUUCAGUCGACUGAUGAAGAAAGGGGUAGGGGUACCCUUCGAGUGGGAUGAAUCGUGUAGGAAUGAUUUUUCAAGCAUCAAAACGUACCUCAUGAAUCCCCCAGUGUUGGCUGCACCCAUUCCAGGAAAAUCAUUGAUUCUCUAUAUUUCCGCUCAAGAACGGUCGGUUGGGGCCUUACUUGCUCAAGAGAAUGAUGAAGGUAAGGAAAAUGCGCUAUAUUACUUGAGUCGGAUGAUGACAUCUAAUGAGUUGAAUUAUUCACCCAUCGAGAAGUUGUGUUUGACACUUAUAUUUGUCAUUCAGAAGUUGAAACAUUAUUUUCAAACACACACUAUUCGACUCAUAUCUAAGUCUAAUCCCAUUAAAUAUGUCAUGGCAAAACCUGUACCAUCUGAUCGGCUCGCGAGAUGGUACCUCCAGUUUCAACAAUUCGAAAUUAUUUAUGUACCUGCAAAGGCUGUCAAAGGACAAAUAUUGGCAGACUUUUUAGCCGAUCAUCCCAUACCUGCCGAGUGGGAGUUGACUGAUGAACUCCCCGAUGAAGAAGUGUUUAUGGUCGAAUCCCCGUGGUCGAUGUAUUUCGAUGGAGCCGCGCACCGUGACGGAGCUGGUGCAGGAGUUAUCUUUUAUACUCCUGAAUCAGAUAUAUUGUCAUACUCUUUCACUUUAACACGUCGGUGUUCAAAUAAUGUGGCCGAAUAUCAGGCAUUGAUUCUCAGUCUGGAAAUGGCCGCAGACAUGAAGCAGUUGCAUCUUAGGGUUUAUGGUGAUUCCAAAUUAGUGGUAAAUCAACUUCUUUGUAUUUAUGAUGUCAAAAAGCCUGAAUUGAUCCCAUAUUAUAAGUAUGCAAGACAACUCAUGGGAUAUUUAGAUAAUGUCACUAUAGAACAUAUCCCUAGGAAUUUCAACCAACAAGCUGACUCUUUGGCAAGGUUGGCAUCCAUGAUCACUCUACCUUCUCAUCGAAAUCAAAUUUCAAUAUGUCAAAGUUGGGUCAUACCUCCGAUGUUUGAUGAAGAAGAUGAUGAUCCCAAGAAAAGGGUUGAUAUACGUCGUCGAGCGCCACUUUUCAUUUACUACAAAGGGACGCUUUAUCGAAAAUCAUUCGAUGGGGUGUUUCUACGAUAUCUUGGAGAAGAUGAGGCCAUGCAAGCAAUGGAGGAGGCUCACUCUGGGGUAUGUGGUGCUCACCAAUCUGGCCCAAAAUUACACUUCCGCAUUAAGAGAAUGGGAUACUACUGGCCAACGAUGGUAAAAGACUGUAUCGAUUUUGCUAGAAGAUGUCAAACUUGUCAAUUCCAUGGCAAUUUCAUCCGUCAACCUCCUGAACCAUUGCAUCCAACUGUGGCUUCUUGGCCGUUUGAUGCUUGGGGUUUGGAUAUAGUUGGACCGCUUCCAAAAUCUUCUGGAGGACACAUUUUCAUUUUGGCGGCAACGGAUUAUUUCUCAAAGUGGGCCGAAGUGGUUCCUCUAAGAGAGGUCAAAAAGGAGAAUGUAGUAGAUUUCAUUCGUUCGCACAUCAUUUAUCGAUAUGGGGUCCCGCGUUAUAUCAUCACCAAUAAUGGUAAGCCUUUUUGCAAUGUAGCAAUGAACAAGCUUUGCAAAAAGUUUCAUUUCAAACAAUACAAUUCGUCCAUGUACUACGCUGCCGCAAAUGGACUCGUUGAAGCAUUCAACAAGACCUUAUGUAAUCUGUUGAAGAAAAUCGUGGAUAAAUCGAAAAGAGAUUGGCAUCUUCGAAUUGGAGAAGCACUUUGGGCAUACCGAACUACUUUUCGAAUUCCCAUGCAAGCGACCCCAUACGCGCUUGUUUACGGUGUUGAAGCUGUUCUUCCACUUAAGUGUCAAAUACCUUCGCUAAGAAUUGCGAUUCAAAAAGGGCUCAGUGAAGAAGAUAAUGUUCGUCUUCUCCUUGAAGAGUUAGAAGCACUCGACGAAAAGAGAUUGGAAACUCAAUAA